UGGCUGGAAAGAAAACCUGCAGUGUCUCGGCCCUCCAUGGCACGAGUUGGACACCCCUGGGUUAAAGCCAUAGCCGUCUCUUAUGUCCCUGCAGUGAUCCAGUAGCCUGCACAUUGCAGAUGAGCAAUGUGGUGUAAAGAAAGAAUAAUCGGAGUGUGGUGACUAUACCGGUCUUAUUUUAUGUCUAGAUGGCUGUAGUGUUAAAAAGCGCAUUUAGAAAGUCAUAAACGGGUUUUCUAUGCUCUAACUACGAAAAUAUUCCACUUAUUAAUAUUGAAUCCUACUUUUCACUUAUCGUUUGGGACCAAUUAACCGCCAUAAACGAAGGACACAUGUACACUCAAAACAUGUUAAUUAAACUUACAGAAAGUUAUGUGAUGUCUUUGAACGCAACCCUUCAUGGCUCAUGUGCUAAUGUGAUUCCAAUGUUGUGCUACUAUUAAAAAGACUAGCGUAAGGCAAAUACAUAUUUAUACAUGUGUGCUACCUUUUAGCUUGAUUUAAAUUCUCAGUUCAUUUGGAGCUGUUAAUACAUACAAAUAUACUACAUACCGUAUAAUUGUGUCCUGUCAUUUAUCUUUCUGUUCAUAAAAUACAAAAGUUGGCAUAUUUCACACAUAGUGGCAGAUGGUGAUUAAUCAUUAAUUCAUUUGCAAACUGUGAUUAAUUUGAUUAACAUUAUUAAUCAUUUGACAGCACUAGAAAUAAUUGCUAGAUAAUUACUUUUGCAAGAACGAUGAAAACCAGGCCAUUUUCACCACUUUAAAACAAUCAAACUCAGGAUGUGCAGGACACGACGUGAAAACAGGGCGUGUCCUGGGAAAACAGGACGUUAAAACAAAAGUAAAUAAAGAGAAUACGACAAUUCAGCUCUACAAUUUCUUCAAUGAAUUAAUAUAAAACAAGUUGGGAAAAUAUCGGGUUUCAAGCCUUAAAAUUGGUAUGGAAAGCCUGACAUGGAGUAUUUGUCACAAUAGUAAAAAUACUAAUAAGACACUCAAUAAAUGUCACUGUUUCAAUUAUUGAAAUGUACAUGUUCUUUCCUUCAACUGAAAGUACACUUGGCAAAUGCAUAGGGACAUCUGGUGGAUAUUCGUCGCAAGAGCGGAAAGCCCAAACAAGCUCCAAAGUAAAACUCGUUUGUCCUUGAAAUUAGUGUUAAAAUUAGUACUCACCACACACACGCCUCGACACAUUUUGCUACUUCCAAGCUGAAAAUUAAUACUUCAUUUGAUUGAUGUUUGAAUUUGAAUUUGAACUACCUUAUUAACGUCAGUAUGCUAGUGUGACACGAGUUGUAGUAAUGGGAAACUCGAUUCAUUUUACUGACUCGAGUUGUUAUGAAUUACUCAAUAAAGUGACUCGGUUACUUGAUCCAGGACGGCUUUGAGUAGUUGAACGAGUUAAUGGAGCAUAGUGCCCGCGAGUCGCGAUUUAGAAAAAAUCUCGCGAAGUUUGAACGACUUGUUCAUCACUCGCGCAUCUAAACAGCAGUGAUGGCGGUGCUGCUCGGCUUCCUUGCAGUAGUCGUUGCUUGUUACUUGUUUAUUUACUAUGGCGUGUUCAGGGGGGCGAGGAUCUUCAACCCAUUGAAGCUGAACGGGAAGACGGUCAUCGUGACAGGAAGCAACACGGGUAUUGGGAAGGCCACAGCUUUGGAAGUGGCCAACAGAGGAGCUCGAGUUAUUCUAGCCUGCCGUAACAAGGAGAAAGCUGAGGCUGCUGUCUUUGACAUCCGCAGAGAGAGUGGGAAUGCUCAGAUUGUGUUCAUGCACUUGGAUCUGGCAAGCUUGAAGUCCGUACGCAGCUUUGUGGAGACCUUCUUGACAUCUGAGCCCAGAUUGGACAUUCUUAUCAACAACGCAGCUCAUAUGGGUCCUGGGCACACGGAGGAUGGUUUCGGCAUGGCAUUUGGGGUCAACCACCUGGGCCACUUUCUGCUCACCAACCUUCUCCUGAAGCGAAUGCAGCAGUGCGGACCCGGUCGCAUCAUCAACGUGGCCGCUCUCUUGCACCGCCUCGGCAACAUCGAUUUCUCCCUCGUGGCUUCCAAAAAGGAUUUGGUGCCAGGCCAGUCAGCCUGGCAAAACUUGCAGGCGUACUGCAACAGCAAGCUGUGUAAUGUGCUGUUUACCAGAGAGCUGGCUAACAGGUUGGAGGGGUCAAGUGUCACCUGCUACAGCCUCCACCCAGGGGUUAUCAACACAGAAUUGUGUCGCAAUAUGAGCUGGUGGCAGCAGUUUUUGCUGAUGCCCUUUGCAAAGAUCUUCUUUCUGGACCCAGAGGGCGGCGCCCAGUGCACCCUUUACUGUGCCCUCCAAGAGGGCAUUGAGACUCUGAGCGGACGCUAUUUUUCCAACUGUGCCCUGCAACAGUUGGGACGCAAAGGGCGAGAUGAUGCCCUGGCAAAAAAACUGUGGGAGGUGAGUGAGAGAUUAACAGGUUUGUCGUGAUAAAGCUAUUUGUCAGACAAUCUGACAUUCGCUUCAAUGCUUCAUUCAAUACUGUUUUGGAAGCAGUUGAUUUUUUAAAUAAAGAUGUUGAAGUCGAAGUUGUGUUUGUGUGUUCUAUGUAAUUACAUUUUUUCUAAUUGCUGUCAUGGACACGGUUACAAUUCUACUUUAGUCCAAAAAAUGAUG